AUGUCGUUUUUACAUUCAAAUUUGGCUGAGUGCACGAAAUCAGAACUUGAUUUAUUCACAUUACCGCCUACACAAACAAGUAUUGAACAAUCGCAAUGGACGUAUUACAAUCCAAUGACAUCUUUGACGAGCGAUGCUCCUAUAGAAUUUGUCGUAUCUGAACAUGGCGAGGAAUACAUUGAUUUAUCGCAUACUAUAAUAAAAGUCAAAGCAAAAAUUAUACAAUCUAAUGGUAAAGUAGACGAAAAAGAUUAUGUGGGUCCAGUGAAUAAUUUUUUGCAUUCUAUGUCUAAUCAAGUAGAUGUGUUUUUCAAUCAAAAAAUGAUUUACCCGUCCAAUGAUGCCUACGCUCAUAAGGCUUACAUAGUACACUUUUAA